AGGACUCCAGCAUAAGGCCUGGUGCUCAUUAGAGGGGACAGAGUAAGUGACUGAGGUGAAAGGACAGGACUGUUCGACGCCUACAUACACGCGUCCUCGUUGCUGCAUAGCGCAUACUAAAGCUUGAGUGCUAUACUAUACUAUGCUUUCUAUGCUGGAGGCCUAUGCACCUCCUUCAUCCCCUCCCGUUUCCCCGACUUUAUCCGCUGACUCUUCUCCUCCUUCAUCUCCCAACCAUGAGCCAAUGCAUUCUAACGCGUUUUCCUCUGACGGACUGCACGACUUUCCUAUGCUGGAUCCGUUCGCAGGAUCAGUCAAGGCCAACCGGCCUCAUCCGUCCUAUGAGAAGAAAACACCCGCCACCCCUCCGCUUACACCGCAGACCAGUUUGCACAGUGCAGGCCCCUCGAGAACGAGACGUGACGAAAGUCCCAUAAGCCGUCUACGCCAGAGCCAUGCGGGAGGGGGAGGAGUGUUCAAGACGCAGCCGCUGCUGACGCCAGAGGAGAGCAGGGAGCUCGCGCUCUGGGAGGACGCGAUGAGCAGCGCUAUCGCGAUCGACAGGAUGGCGGCGCUCGAGGAGGAACCGAAGAAGAAAGGGCGCAUGCCCGCUCGGGAGCCGAAACACACCAUCAUCGACCUGAGCAACCAAGGUCUGACGUUCAUCCCGCCGUCCAUCUCUGACCUCGCGAAGCUCGUCAAGCUUCCCGAGAAGGAAGAGCACGCGGCGCCUGUGCCCGUCGCGCUGAAGCAGCAGCGCGCCCUGAUGCGCUCGGCGACAGCCCCUGCUGGAGGAUCUCUCUUCGGGACGACGAGGGCACCAGCGAAGGUCACCUCGGCGAGCGCGAAGCUGUUCUCCGACGAUGCCAGGCCGGAGCAGGAGAUCCAUUUCUUCCUCCGCGGAAACGUGAUCAAGUACCUCCCGAACGAGGUGUUCACCCUCAGUCAUCUAACCGUUCUCUCCCUGAGCAACAACGCCCUCGAGGUCCUCCCGCCCGAAAUCGUCCACCUCACCCACCUAAAAGAGCUCAACAUCGCGAACAACAAGCUAAAGUACCUCCCUGCCGAGCUGCUCACCAUGCACCUCAGCAUCCUCAGCGUGCACCCUAACCCGUGGCUCGCGCCCCCCUCCCCGCCCUCCGUCUCCCCAACAACCUCCCUCAUCGGGCGCUUCCCCCCACUCGCCGAGCUCGCGCUCCGCGCGCUCUUCGCCCCCGCGCACGAGCACGGCCUCUGCUCCGCGCUCGACGCGGACGGUCGCCAGCCGCUGCUCACGACGCUCUACGGCACGCCCCUCCCGCCCGCGUUCGCGUCGCUCCUCCCGCCGCCCAUCAGUGCGACACUCGGCGCGUGCGUGCCCGGCUCCGUCCCGCAGCCCGUCAUCCGCCCGCCCCGCCCGGCGAAGCUGGUCAGGCUCCCGCGCCCGACGCGCGAUCUGGGGGAUGUGUGCCGGUACUGGGAGGGCGUGACGGGCGUGGGUGUGUGUCCGAGCCCGCGACACCUCCGCCCGAAGGAUGGGAGGUAUAGGAAGCCAGUGUUUGUGCACCCCGCGGAGGAGAGGUAUACGUGGCAGAGCCAUGGCGGGGGGCAUGCGUUUGGCGGCGUGGUGUGUUUCCUGUGGAGGGGGUGUUUGGAAGGGUGUUUGGAUUUCCUCGAUGGUGGGGAGGUGGGCGCGGAGGAUAAGGAGAUGGAGAUGGAGAUGGAGAUAGAGAUGGCGGAGGCGGGCGGGUUCAGGGCUGUGAGGUUCGAGGCACUCGAGAUGCGUGAGGGGGCUAAUGAAUAAGUACAUGUUGUAUUCUAGCAAGCGAUGGAGCGUUAGGCUUCCAAUACCAUCAGUUAUACUGUCCUGCGCGAAGGCAGGCGGGAC